AUGAUCAAGCUCAAGCUUGGUUCCAAGGUUUCAGUGCCCGUGGACAACAGCAACCAGAGCCAGAAUCAGUCGACUCUGCAGAACAAUGCUACCUCUCCAGCGACACCCUCAGCUCCCACCCCGGGCAGCGGUCCUAAGCUCAAGUUGAACUUCUCGCAACCGCCCACGCCCGUCGAGCAGCCUGCUCAGUCCGGAUUCCCUGCCGCAUCGCAGCAACCCGAAGUCAAAAAGAAGAGAUCGUACCAGCGCAAACAAGAUGGACCGGGAAAGGGUAAGAAGCGCGCUGCGGAAGACGAGAUUGUCUUCCCCGCUGCAAAGCGCAUCUCCAGCGGGCCAGGAUCGCAGCAGGCACGGAAGUUAUCUAUCAAGAUAGGCGGUCCUCAGCCUCCCGCUUCUGACGGGAUUAAGACUAAGAUAUCGCUUUCCAACAAGCCGAAGAAGAAAUCUAUUCCAAAACUCAUCGAUAUCCGGGCGCGUGGCAAGGCACCUCCGCGACCGAAGGGCGUCGGAUACGAUUCGGAGGACUCGGAUGUGGAGCAGGAUCCGGCUAUUCAGCAGGCAUUUUUACUGCGUAUGGAAGAGGGUGAAGAUGCAAACUACCUAAGAGAAGCUAUUGCUAGUGGAAAGAUUGGACCAUAUCCGCUUCAGGGAGACGCCGAGGUUUCGAUCAAAUUCCUCGAGAAGAGCUUGCGGAGAGCGGUCAUCAAGAUUCGUGGAAGAAUGUACGGUGCCGUGCUCGUCGAUCUGCCGUGCAUCGUCGAGUCCAUGAAGAGUUUUGACAAGAAGGGAUGGUGGAAGGUCGCGGAUAUUGCUCAGAUGCUGCUGGUCCUCGGUCAAUGCAGCAGCGAAGAGGAGGCGAAGACAAUGCAACUACCCAAGGAGGUGAACAAGGAGAACCACCAAUACGCACAUGGACUCACGCCGCCCAUGCACUGGGUUCGCAGACGGCGGUUCAGAAAGAGGGCGAAGUACGACGACAAGGUCAGCGUGGACGAAGAGGUCGCCCGCCUGCUUCAGGCCGAUAAGGAAUGGGAGGACAGAACCGGCGGCACAGUUGAUAUCGAUCAUCACACGCGUGCAGAGCAAGAGCAAUCGAUGGAGAUGCAAGAGGAAUACAGCGCAGACGAAGACGACGAAGAGGGAGCGAUCGAGACAGUGGAGAUGGAAGGACAAGACUACGGCGAAGCGGACGACAUCGACGCCGAGGCUAUGGAGAGGGAGAUCGCAGCCGAGUUGGCGGCUCAGCAGUUCCAGGAAGAAGACGCUCCUGCCGUCUCUGACCUCAUUCCUGAGUCUGCCGCCCCGAUCGCCGAGCAAGCUGGAACUAUGGCUGCAGUGGAGAACGCCAUGGAGGAAUCAGAGGCCACGCCUGUCGGUACACCGGCCGAAGCCACGCAGGAUGAAGAGGAGUCUGAUGAGGAUGAGUCGGACGAGGAUGCCGAUGAUGAUGAGCUGGACGUCGUGGACGAGGAUGCUGCGGCCAAGGCCGCUGAGCGCGCACAGCAGAUGGAAGAAGUCGCGGAUUUGGAGCGUGAAGUUGAGCGGGCUCGUCAGAAGGUGCAGGCGAUGACGAACCAGCUGCUUCGGCAGCGUGAGGCGCAGAAGCUGGCGGCACUGGAGGAAGAUCUUCGUGUCAAGCGCAGCAUGUUCGGGCUUGAUCCCGAGGACUGA